AGUCAAGGCAAAGCACUCCCCCGACCAAGAACAAUUUGAAAACCCACCCCAUAAUAUUUAAAAUCUGGGACAAAGAACCGUCUGGACGGAACUGCUUCAAUUGCAAAACCUCAGCGCAGCCUCGGGAGCGCCCGGCGGGCCGGAGUCAGAGCAGCCCCUUUAAAAAAGCGGAGUACAGUAUUGGGAUUCUUGAAACCUGAAACCUAGAAACAGAAUCGAAGCGGAAACCAGAAGGAAAACCUUGAACUCCUCCAGACAAUUGCUUCCGGGGAGUUUCGGGAGAGCGUGGGGGAAUAAAGGGCCCGAGAGGAGGGCCCCUCGGAUGGCGCGUCCCUGAGGGUCCUGGCGAGUUCGAGGAGCGUGGGAAAGAGAGGACCCUACCCUCUCCCUGGGCUGCAGGUCAUGGCCACCGUGGAGCCGAAAGCCCUCGGCACUGGCUUCAAGUGGCUCUCUUUGGCCACUUUUGUGCUCAUCUGCGCCGGGCACGGGGGACGCAGGGAGGAAGGGGGUCCCGCCUGCUACGGGGGAUUUGACCUGUACUUCAUUUUGGACAAAUCAGGAAGUGUGAUGCACCACUGGAAUGAGAUCUAUUACUUUGUGGAACAGUUGGCUCACAAGUUCAUCAGCCCACAGCUAAGAAUGUCCUUUAUCGUCUUCUCUACUCAAGGAACAACCCUAAUGAAGCUAACAGAAGACAGAGAACAGAUUCGUCAAGGCCUUGAGGAAUUGCAGAAGGUCCUGCCAGGAGGAGAUACUUACAUGCAUGAAGGAUUUCAAAGGGCCAGCGAGCAGAUUUAUUAUGAAAACAGUCAAGGAUACAGGACAGCCAGCGUCAUCAUUGCUCUGACUGAUGGAGAACUCCAUGAAGAUCUCUUUUACUAUUCAGAGAGGGAGGCUAACAGAUCCCGAGACCUUGGUGCAAUUGUUUACUGUGUCGGGGUAAAGGAUUUCAACGAAACACAGCUGGCCCGGAUUGCGGACAGUAAGGAUCACGUGUUUCCUGUAAAUGACGGCUUUCAGGCUCUGCAAGGCAUCAUCCACUCAAUUUUGAAGAAGUCCUGCAUUGAAAUUCUAGCAGCUGAACCAUCCACCAUAUGUGCAGGAGAAUCAUUUCAAGUAGUUGUGAGAGGAAAUGGCUUUCGACACGCUCGCAACGUGGACAGGGUGCUCUGCAGCUUCAAGAUCAACGAGUCGGUCACGCUCAAUGAGAAGCCCUUUGCUGUGGAAGAUACUUAUUUGCUGUGCCCAGCACCCAUCUUAAAAGAAGUUGGCAUGAAAGCCGCACUCCAGGUCAGCAUGAACGAUGGCCUGUCUUUCAUCUCCAGCUCUGUCAUCAUCACCACCACACACUGUUCCGAUGGCUCCAUCCUGGCGAUCGCCCUGCUGAUCCUGUUCCUGCUCCUGGCCCUGGCUCUCCUCUGGUGGUUCUGGCCCCUCUGCUGCACUGUGAUUAUCAAGGAGAUGCCUCCACCUCCUGCUGAGGAAAGUGAGGAGGAAGAUGAUGAUGGUCUGCCUAAGAAAAAGUGGCCUACGGUGGAUGCCUCUUAUUACGGUGGGCGAGGUGUUGGAGGCAUUAAAAGGAUGGAGGUCCGUUGGGGAGAAAAGGGCUCCACAGAAGAAGGUGCUAAGUUGGAAAAGGCAAAGAAUGCGAGAGUCAAAAUGCCAGAGCAAGAGUACGAGUUCCCUGAGCCGCGAAACCUCAACAACAACAUGCGGCGGCCCUCCUCGCCCCCGAAGUGGUACUCCCCCAUCAAGGGAAAACUCGAUGCCUUGUGGGUCCUACUAAGGAAAGGAUAUGACCGCGUGUCCGUGAUGCGUCCACAGCCAGGAGACACGGGGCGCUGCAUCAACUUUACCAGAGUCAAGAACAAUCAGCCCGCCAAGUACCCACUCAACAACGCCUACCACACCAACUCGCCGCCUCCUGCCCCCAUCUACACCCCCCCACCCCCUGCUCCCCACUGCCCUCCCCCACCCCCCAGUGCUCCCACUCCUCCAAUUCCAUCCCCGCCUUCCACGCUUCCCCCUCCCCCUCAGGCUCCACCUCCCAACAGGGCUCCACCCCCCUCCCGGCCUCCUCCUAGGCCUUCGGUCUAGAACCCACAGUUCAUGCUCUGGGCUCUCUCAAAAACUUUAGGGAGGAGGCUCCUCUGUGGUGUGAGAACGAGUCUCUCCAGUUAAAGGAGGCUUCUGCUUUGGAAAUGAGGGGUGACAAAGCCCACUAACGUUCACACAUUUUAAAAACUGGUUUAUGAUGCCAAAAUGCCGACAAUUGUGAUCAGCGGGAAGAAAUCGAAAUGUUGAAAUGCCUGAAAACAAAUGAGAAGGCAACCCCAGUCACAAUUAUAGCCAGCCAGCCAUCACCUCUAGAAGGUUCCAGAGACAGUGAAACUGCUGAGAUGCUCUAAAUGGGAUUGUGUCUCAUGGAGACCAAUAAGAAAUCAUUUCUCUGAGGGUGAGAUGAGGAGUCAGUUAAGAAAUAACAUUGCUGAGUUUCUAAAUGCUGCUUUCUCGCCUUCUCUCCAACUCCAUCAUUUAACCUUGGACCCUUGGCCCAGAAACCAAGGAAUCCUCAACCCCGUGCACCACCCAGGAAGGUGGAAACCCUUUGCCUACUCAUUUAGGGGAAGCUUGGAGUAGCCACUGCGGCAAGAAACUCAACAUCAGACAGAUAUCCAAAAGUAUGUCUUACUGGGAUUUUCAGAGGAGUAAAAACACACCACAUUUUCCUUCCAAACUCUCCCAGUUUCCAAGUGAGGAAGAGAGCAGGUGUUUACUGAUGGAAAAAGGUAUGUUGCCAUGUUGCUGUGUAAGUGAACCGGGCGUGUGCAUUGAUAAGGGGCAUACUGAUGGGAGCAUCAGACAGUUUCUAAAACCCACAGCCAUCAGCAGCUGGGCGUGGCUGGCUUUGGCCCGACAUCGUCCCCUAAGUCAUCGACAAUACAUUGUCAAUGAGCAACCCGUUAAUGAUUCAUGGUAAAAAUAUAGAUUGGCUUUGGUUUAAAUCAUUUGAGAUAUGAAGAAGUGAUUGAUCCCAUUUUCCAGAGAUAAAUGUGAGUUGAUCUUCCCAAAAUGGCACCACUAGCACCUACCACACAAUUUCACUGAUUUUAUUCUCCUUUCUUGGGAAAGUUAUGCACCAGAGACUUCUAGAUAGAGCUGUGAGACAAUGGUCCUGACAGAAUAAGGAAACUGUCACCCGGUUAUUUGAUUAACCCCAAAGGGUGCAAGUAGAUUUCUUCUUGGCUUUUCAACAUACAAUUUAUUAUCAGCUAUUGACCCAGAGGCAAUACACCAGAAAUGCUCUGCCUGGAAUUUCCAAACGCCUGGGGCUCACUCCAUUGCCCCCAGUCGUUCUGAAUCUGUUGUGAGCAGAAGCUGUAAACACUUUCUAAACAUUGGGUUUCAUCACCCAGGAGUGGGAACAGGGCCAUUGUUGAAGGCCUCCUGCACAAACCUAUUCAAAAUUAUCUCCUCCUCCAACUUUGCACAGUUCUUAAAAUUCCUCUCCCAAGCUCCUUAAAUCUUUUCAGGAACAAAGUAGAAUAUAAAUAUAAAUGCAGUGCGUUGGGCUCUGGUCUCCAAAGAUCCUCCAAGAACCCAUCAAGCCAGACUCAUUCUUUCACUUUUCUUAGAACAAAGACAUAAGGACCUGGCAUGCAUUCCAUAAACACCUAUUCUUCUAGCCACGACAGACAUUGCUAAUCAAUCACAGCACUAUUCCCAUGUAGCCCAAUGAUUUCCACAGCCCUCAAAUUACAACUCAAAAAAACCACCACUCACCUAUUAGAAUUACAGAGAGAGAGAGAGAGAGAGAGAGAGAGAGAGAGAGAGAGAGAGAGAGAAGCUCUAUUGGCCAAACCUAUUUAGAAAACAAACAAACAUGGGGGAAUGGGGAAACCCUUAGGCAAAAAAGGUACAGUCAGGGAAAAAUAGAUCUAGGCACAGUGCCUAGACUACAGGCACUAACUGUGCAGUGUCGAUGCCAAACAGACACUUCUCCAAGUGUACCUCAGACCCAGCCCUUCUCCCAGCCUGCCACUCCCAGAGAAUCCCCCAGCCUUCUCAUAGAGCUAAAUCAGAGAUGGUGCCCAGGACUUAUGAAAGCAACCCCCUCCUCCCUCCCCCUCCCCCCACCCCCAACCUGGCCUGUAUUGUCUAUUUUUAGAAUACUAGGCUGCUUCUUUAGUAGAGUCCUUCAUGAAGUAGGGGCCAGGGUGUCUCAAACACUUGCAGGGACAUUACUGGACUCCAGAAAACCAUUCCACAGAAGAAUGGGUCCCCCCAGGCUCACAGUAUAGGGAUGUUGAGCCCAUGACAACUGUUUUGACUGCUGGCAGUACAAGACAGUCCACCCCACACCGCUGCCGCAUGACUCACUGCGGCCUUAAGAAAAUUCAAGCUGAGAUGCUGACGUUGUGGAAAAAAAUCGGGUGUGAAUGCAACAUUCAGGAUCUCAACAGCACAUCAAUCAGAAGCCCUGUGCAGUUUCCGAGAUGUUGUUUCGUGAACUUUUUGAUGAAAUAGGGAACUGCAAAUAUAUGAUGAUUUUGAAGAGGAUUGGCAGGGUCUGUCCUUAAAACUGACUCAUUGUGUCAUCCAUAGUCACUUAGAAUUACAGUUGAGAAGGAAAAAUACCUAUACUGUAUGAACAUGGCAAUAUUUUAAGAGUAGGCUAUUACAGGCAGGAAAAUUCUUUAACUGGUUUAUAAAAUCUAUCAGUACUUGUAUCAUUCCCUGUAAAAGGCAGCAGACAUAUGAUUGUGAUCAGGAAACUGCACAAAAUUAUUUUUUAAACCCCCCAUGUUAUUGUCUUUGUGAAGUUUUUUUUAUAUAAUAAAACCCAACAUUUUGUUGUAUAUAUUCGUAUUCCAUGUGUUAGAUGGAAGCAUUUCCUAUCCAGUGUGAAUAAAAAGAACAGUUGUAGUAAAUUAUUAUAAAGCCAAUGAUAUUUCAUGGCAGGUUAUUCUACCAAGCUGUGCUUGUUGGUUUUUCCCAUGACUGUAUUGCUUUUAUAAAUGUACAAAUAGUUAUUGAAACGACGAGACCCUUGUUUGCACAGCAUUAAUAAGAACCUGGAGGGGUCCCCUCUGUUAAUGACCAGGAGCGUCUGGCCUGGAGCUUGGCACAUAUUCCAGUGAGACACAAGGUCUCUCUUUUCCCAAGGUCAAGAACAGAGCUGGAGGACAAAUUAAAGAACAGUCUUGGAUACCUGGCCAUGGGGAACCUCACUGUAAAUAUCACUAGAAGGGGCAGAGAUGUUCGCAAACGUUCAUGUACACUAAAGUCCAAACACUGUCAGAUGAGGGAAACCAUCAAAAAAUCAGGAAAAAUAAUAAUGAUGAUUGUGAGGUAAUGAGCAGCGGUCUCAGCCUGAUGAGAACUUAAUAAAAAAUAAUUAAUGCUGUGUGAAAUGGGUUGAAUUAGUUUGCAAACCAUAUAAAGAUGUAAGCAGUAAAGUGCCUGUUAAUGCACACCGCGUGGGAAGGGGGUGUUCUGGUCAGUUGCCUUUUCUAGUUAUCUGAGCUCUACUAUAUUAUCAUUCUUGGAUAACCAAUUUAAAAGAACUAGAAUAUGAUUUUAUAAAUACACUUAACAUUAAACUCUUCUUCUAAGUCUUUUUUUUUUCUUUCUCUGAUAAUUCAGAAGACAGUUAUGGAUCUCCAGUGCCUCUGAGUCAUUAUUAAAAAACAAUUAGUAAUCGCUGUACCAUGCUAUAGGAGACCAGGCUAAGCCUGUACAAUGACGAACUCUGGAAGUUGCUUUUUUUAAAAAAAAUAAUAAAUUCCUAAAAUCA